AUGAUUGUUACUAGCCUUAUAGUUUCAGAUUUAACCUGUGAUGAAACAAUGUCGUCUGCUGAUGAAGCGGAGAAAAAAGAUAGUCGAUUUGUUUUUCAACAACCAGUUAGUAUGCCAUUUGCUCGAGUUGCCUCAAUGAUGCCUAAUGUUGCUGUACAACCAAACUCAAGGCACUUUCUAAAGACCUAUAUAAGGAACCAAACAGGUCAAGCAGUUCCUGUAGGUUGUCCAGGUGCUACGCAGAAGAUACUGCAUGCACAUACUGCAGCACCAGUUUUGCCGGCUGCUCAGUGCACUGCUGCUCUUCCUGGUCGAUCUAAAGUUGUUACUUUACGACCAGCAGGAAUUGCUCAUACAUAUUUGAAACCAUAUGAUAUCGCCCAACUUAAUGCCAGCUCUAUGACUACAGUAUAUCUUCAGCAGCAGCAACAACAACACAAUUUGCAUGUUGCAAAUGUUCAUCAACCUGUUGUUCCAUUAUCGUCCCCACUUAUUCAUGACUUUGAUGAAUCACAUGCUGUUCGACCUUCUACAGCAACUUUUGCAAACUUUGAUUCAUAUCGGCAUUUGGCUGGUCGGAACGUUGGUGUUUGUGAUGUGCCUGUUCAAAGUUCGGUUCGGUUAAAUCCAGUUCUUAAUUGUGCUCCAGCAGUUCUCUCUUCUCGAGCCAGUUGUAAACUAGCUACUAAGGAUUUCUUACGCAGUACAAGAUUUGUUACACAAAUUUCUGAAGGAGCAGAUAUCAAAUCUAUCAUGAUGCCUCUACCGACUGUAAAUUUAACAUGUACAUCUGUUGCUCAGUCAAUCACUACAUUAAAUAAUACAUGCAUUGCUGUAGCUGCAGCGCAGCAUGAUAACAAUAUGGGUGGUAUGUCAUAUCCUGGUCCUAGCGCACGACCUACUAUUCUACGCAGAAACCGGGAAUCAAGUAUCAAUUCUACGGUGCGUCGUCUGAUUGUAGCAGAAGCUCAUCCCCAGCUUAGUUCAAAGCAAGAAGUGUUGGCUGGUACAGGAACUGCAAUGAAGGAUGAUGCAAAUUCGAUGUAUUUUAAACAUUCAACGGUUGACAAUAGUCGAUUGCUAAAUGAAACUACGUGCUUGACAUCUGAUACCUCUGGAAUUUAUACCAGAGCGCCCGCUAUAUUAAUUGGCAGUGUUAUACCUGGUGUAGAGAAUUAUUCUAACCAGAUUGGGGUUUCUGAGGUCACGGAAAUAUCUCCACGCAAGAGAAUGAGAAAACAAAACUUUGAAUGCUCUAAUGCGGAAAAAAUGAAGUUGCUCAUAAAUGCUGAUCAAGUUAUUGGAAAUUCUUUUGUUGGUGUUAAUGACGAACUCACUUGGAAGUCUGCAAAUAUUGAUGUUGAUGCACAAGCUGUUGAUAGUUCGUUUUUAUCGGAAAAAAUUCCAAAACGACGUGGACGAGCACGCGUUGAUAAUGGUGCCGUAACAGCAUCUGGACAGCAUUGUGUAUCAUUACCUCUUUCUUGUGAAAUAAGUUCUGAUUGUGAUACUGGACUGAAAAGCAAAAAAAAACAAGUAACACGUAGCAAGCUACCUGUUCUAGAAGCUCAAGUUGUUGGACCAACUUUAGAGAACCUCCAGAGUGGGAAUUUUAAUGAUGAAGGGCAUUUCUCAUCGCAAAAUAAGCAAGUGCGUCGCUCGAGCAUGUCUGUGCUUGGAGAACACAUGGAUGAAAAAUUAGAAGAAACCGAAAGACUCCGAAAAUUAGAAGAUGUUGCAUAUCUGAUGUACCAUGUAUUUGGCUUGGGGAUGUCUGUGUCUGAUAAUCUUUGUUCUAAAAGUCAACAAAUUGGGGAUGGAUCGUCGAAUGUAUCAACUACGGCACCUUUAUCUUUUGAUGAAGAUCAAACAAGUCGAAGUGAAUCACCAAGCAUUUCAGAUGAAUAUACAUUUCAUACUACAUGCUGCGAUUCAACAGAGCUAAAAAAAGAAAAAGAACCAGUAGAAUCAACUUCAGUUGACGGUGCAGAAAAUGCAUUGAAGAUCCAGGAUAAUACUGAGAAAUACGAGUCUGAAUCUCGUCAAGCUGAUAUAGAGGCUCGAAAGAUUCUCAUUCAAAUGCUGCGUAGUUGUGUUCUAAAAGAUCGAUGGCAGCGUUUGGAUCGUAUAUCCAGUUCUGAGCGUGUAUUCAAACGGAUAUAUAUGAAGCGAUGGUUGUUACAACAACAUUUUCGCAGCCCAACAAAAGAGUUGGCUGUGCCGGAUACUGAAUUACAAGCACAGAUGAUUGAUCCACUCGAAACUUACUCGAUUUUGGCAGCUGAAAAACAGAGUAAAAGACUUUUGGACAAAUAUCCGGUUUGUUCACCAUCAACCUCUGAUAUUUUGGUCCAAGAAAAUGUAAAUUGUGGAUUCAGUAACUCUGAAUAUUUGAAGGAGUCUUUAGAAAUUUAUACACACAGCUCUGAUGUUAGCAUGAAAGAAAGAAGACAUGUAGUACUUCGGAGAAGCUUUCAUUCAGAUGUCAGGUUACCGCGUAAUCCACGAUCAGUCACUUAUAUAAGUCGACGAGAUCCCGAAACAGAAAUAUUACAAGCAGUUGCAGAAGCUCUUGCAGAGAUUAUUGAAGUAGUCAUCCAGGAAGAUGAAAAACGAUUUGGGACCUCUGCAUUCCCUCUUUCUUUUCGUCAAGCUUCCUACGAUUCUGUUAUAUUUUAUGAUAGUAUUAGUCGAUAUGAUUUUAAUAGAAAGAGAAAACCAGAUGCAAUUGAUUCAGAUGAUGCUUUGUUUACGGAUAUUGAACAAGACUUGCAUCGAAAGAAGAAGCGAUUUGGUGGUAGCAAAGACCUUUCGCGCACAUUACAGUCUAAAGAAAUUUUCAGCCAUCUGCGUUCAGCUCAUCAGAGAUUAUCUGAUCUGCGAAAAGCCGAGGAAGACAAUAUAGAAGAAGCUACUGAACAAAUGCUAACUCUUGUUGAAUAUAGUGACCCACCUUCAUAUUCUAAUUUAAAGAAUGGACACGAAGAAGUUUGUUUACCUGACUGCCAGUCACUUGAUAAUGUCAGUGACCGAGAAGAGAAAUGUCAGAAACAGCUUCUUUCAUUUACUAGAGCAGUUUCGCCAAGAAAAUUUUCAUUUUCGAAAAAUUAUGAACCACAUUCAACAAUGAUGAUUAAUCCACCAAUGAAUUAUACAGUGAAAUUAUUUCAAGAAAAAUUUGUAUAUCCACCAAAGCGUUUUCGAAUGGGAAGUAAGCGAAUGCGUAAGACUCAGUAUCGCAGAGGUCGAGGUCGCCAGCGUGGAAAUUUCUCACGUAUUAGAGAAGAGCUGUUAACUCCUGAGCCUCAGUUGGAAGAUCUUAAGCCGCAUUUCACUGCUGAUGAAUUGAGCACAAUUUUUAAUAAAGAAUGUGAAAUGAACCCGACAUCAUUUAGUCAGGAGCAGUCAAUCCAUAGUAGUGAAGAAGGGACAAUAGAUAUGGAUUCGAUAAAGUCACGAGCACAAAGUCAAUCGCUUAUAAAUAUUAAUAGAGAGAAUUCUGCUAAAGAAGUUGAAGAUUUGGAUCAGUCGGAAAAAACUUUAAAAACAGUUUCGGAGGAACUGGAAACUUUGGAUGGAAAUUAUGCGAUCAGUCUUGAAAACGAAAAUAACGGUGGUCAUUUAGACUCUUCAUUUACUGCGCCGCUUAUUAAUUCUAUUUCCAAGCAAGAAAUUGGUCUCUUGGAGCACAUUCAAGUGCGUGGACAACAUAUACGUGAACACUUUUCGACAUUGCUACAUGCAUUACGAAGUAGUGAUAUUCUAACUGCUAAAGCAAUUCGGCUAUUUAGAGACAGUACGGUAGAACUGUUCGAUCGAGAGAAUGAAAGUGUUGGUUAA